CCGACAUCUGUGGCACAGGGAGGCAGACCACUGCACUACACUACUACAGCACUAUAAUUACUGGGUAUCGCCCAUGUGCCGACGGCUAACCACAAAGUGGAAAUUCAAUGGCAUUUAAUCUCAAAAUCUGGUGCAUUCAUCAAAAUAGACCCAGCCGCUCGCAAUAUGACUUCCCGUCAGCGGGUAUCAAUAGCAUGUCAGGCGUGUCGAAAGAGACGUGUCAAAUGCGACGGAGCGAAGCCAUCUUGUUCGAGAUGUACGAGACUUAAGGAGCCCUGUGAAUAUCGGCACUCUGAUGAGAAGCGCAAACCACCAAGCAAGCGCUAUAUCCAGUCCUUGCUUUCGCGCAUAGAAAGCCUCGAACGACAGGUCGCGCAGUACGAAGGACGGGAACCACUCUCCCCAGGUACCAUACCACCACCUCCUCCUCCUCCUCCUCAUCAUCAACAAGGCCACCAUUCGACCCACCUCUCAAUGCCCCAAGACUCGGUCCAGGAACUCGUCGACCUAUGCGGCGGAUUAAGUCUCGGGGAAGGCGAGGAGCUGCGCUUCUUCGACUCGCGCAGCAACCUGGCGAUGGUAUCCGAGCAGCUCGACGAACGGUGCCACGACCAUCUGCUGAAGUUCUCCGCCGAUCGAAGCCAGCGGCCCGGCGUCGAGGAGAUCGACGUCGGCCCCGCAAUCCAGGGGCCGCUGUUGGAUCUGUUCUGGCGGUGGCAAAAUCCAUGGCAGUAUCUGCUGCACGAAAGUGCCUGGCGUCGGAGCUAUGAACGCCGGGACAAUGAUUACUGUACGCCCACUCUGCUGUAUGCGAUGCUGGCGGUGGCGGCUCGGUAUUCGGAUGAGCCGGCCCUGUCCCAAGACUUCGGCACAUAUACAGCGGGGAUUGGCUUUGCUGCCAAGGCAAAACAGCUGGUCUUUGAAGAGAUGGAAGCGCCCCGGGUGUCGACGGUGGUGGCCGCUGCGUUGAUCUCGGUGGCGGAGUUGGCGUUGGAUAUUGAGCCGGCGGGGUGGACGUAUAUUGGGAUGGCUGUGCGCAUGGCUUAUACUUUGGGUCUCCAUACUGACCCUCGUCCGUGGGUGGAAUCUGGUCGUCUUCCGGCUGAAGAUGCGGAGAUUCGGUCGGUCGCUUGGUGGGGAUGCUACAUGAUUGAAAAACUUUAUAGCCUUGCGUUGGGUCGGCCGAGCGCAUGCAUCGAACGGGACAUUCACACCCCUUUGCCCGCCAUCGUGCCUGAUGUCGAAUUCAAGGGUUUGGAAGAAUCUUUGAAGUCACCAUCAGAUCAGCAUCUGCCCCUGGGCUACUCUAUCACCAACUUCCGAUAUACAUGCGAGAUGCUCAGGCUGGUCACUGGUCCUCUGGACGAAAUUUACUCGCUGAGCCCGAUGAUCUCCCGCGAACACAGAGCAGAUAUCGUCUUGAAGGCCUCGGUAGCGCUAUCUGCGUUCUACGACCGGAUCCCAAGUGUGAUGCGACUCCCGUCCUCUGGUUUGGGUACUCCCUUAGCCGUGCAUAUUUAUUAUUUCCACAUCCACUAUCACGGUCUGAACAUCCUCCUCCAUCGUCCAUUCAUCUCACGGCAGACACGCUCUCCACAGGCCGAUAAUCAAAGGGGUGUGGAUUGUACCCACCUCGAAGAAUGUACCCGAUCCGCCGAAGCGUUGACGGCGACCCUGAAAGAGGUUGAGAAACAUUACUCCCUGAGAACGGCCACCAUCUCCGUCAUCCACCCCUGCCUCACCGCAGGCCUCAUCCACCUGUGCAAUUGGACCCUUCCGAGCCCCGGUGUGAAGACCCGAGUAAAGAAACAUUUCCUGUACAUCAUGCACAGCCUGUCCCAGAUGAGCACCGCGUGGGUGUGGGCACUCCGUGCGAUGCGGCUCCUGAAAUUAGUCGCGCGUCGUUGGUUGCCACCAGAAGAGUUUACGAGCUUGAUGGCGAAUGAGCUGGCGUAUCUAUCGGGAGGGAUAGGGGCUGAGGAUGUGGUGCCUGUAGUGCAGGGGUUGCCGGACGCCGUGGGUUAUGAUCCCUGGGCGGCGCCCUUGUGGUCCGAGGGGGACUUGGUUCAGUCGGGGCUGUUGUUCGAUCUUGGUUUGUGGGAGAGCGAUGGCUUGCUUUCGGGGGAGAGUGGGCGGAGUUGAUGACUCGGUGUCGAGAUAAAUAUGUGUCUAUCUAGAGCGUCGACAUAGUCCAUGGUGAAAGUAAGCUUUUCCCGAAUCGUACGG